AGAAUGCUUCCUCUGUAUCUGUAUGUGUACUUGUGUGCCAUGACUCAUGAGCACCCCUUGCACACGUGCAGACUUUUGCGGAGUGUCCCAUCGGCGCGGGCCGCUGCUGCAGUGGUGCUCCUGUUUGCCUUUGCUGUGCUGCACCCUUCCUCAGUGUCAGCCUGCCCUGCAGGCCGCUCUACAAUUAUUAAAGUCAACCGUCCAACAUUGGAUGAUAUUCUGCAAGCCGGCCUGGACUACCACCGCCAAGACGACCGGGUGACGCUGCGCUUUCCCGGGGAGAACGUUUCGGCCGAGCGCGCCAUGGCGGGGAUCGUGCGGCGCCCGGAACUCGGCGAGAACGCCUCCUUCACCUGCCGCGUCCCGACCGGAAGUGACUGGCGCAGCGUGACCUGGCUGCACCAAGACCGGACGGUCUUCGCUAAAGGUCACCCGUCCCCGGUGGCCGACGGGCAGCAGUACGUCUUCCGCCGCGACAACGACACCAUGACCUUUGUCAUUCUCAACGUGUCGCUGCAGUCCAGCGGCGCCGUGGUCUGUCUGGACGCCGCGAUGCACGAUCCCAACAGGGACCCCAUCCUGCAGCGCUACAGCCUCUGGCCGAGCGUCCUGUUGGCCGCGGACGUCUUCGAUCCGCCCAUGGCGCCGCAGACCGUUCAGGAGGGCGAGCACGUCCGCUUCUUCUGCUCGCUCCGGCUGCCGGUGGCCCAGCGGGUCCUGGACCAUCUCCUGCGGCAGCACGUGAUCUGGCGCCACAACGGCCGCGUCCUGUGGGCGCCCGCCGAGGAGCGCUACGCGUCGCGGCUGCCAGCGGGCUGGACCGGCCCGGACACCUCCAAGGCCGGGGAGGUGGCCAACCGGUCCGGGGGCACCGCCCGCGGGGUCUUCCACUUCCACGAACCAGUCCAGGCCGACAGCGGCACCGUCGAGUGCUGGUUCCGGCCGCACGGUGGCCUCGACGAGUGGGUCGUGCAGUCGGCGCAGUUCCGUGUCCACCGGAAAUAA